AUGUUGGCUGGCCUGGUCAUGGUCUACUACAUGAUGACUGCUCAAAAAACGGCCAAGGCCUCCGUGCUCUUUACAACGACCUGUGCCUUCGGCAUGACCAUCUCGUCGCUACAGGCCGUCGGCAUCAUUGGGACGAUGACCGUUCGAGUCCCUGAAGGUUUGAGAGCCAUAUAUGCAUUUCUUCAGGUAUUUCUGCUGGACUUCGAUAACUUUGCCUUCAGCUGCGUCGCAGGUGGUUCGGCCCCGGCUCGCUACAUUGUGUCGGUCCUUGUCUUCCCGAGUGCUGUGUGCUGGCUCGUGAGCUGCCACCAUGCAUCCAAGCUCCUCCCCAAGAGGCUGCGAUGGGAAGGCAGCAAGACGAAGAGCACGAUUGGGGCCUUGCUUCAGCUUGCAUUCAGCACGAUGAGCACCAUUUCCAUGGCGCCGAUGAUGUGCUUCAGUCACCCGAGCGGCGUCUUCAGCCUCUUGAAGUACCCCAGCAUCACUUGUGGCACGGAGGAUCACGCCGUCAUGCUGAUCUGCGGCCUGUUGCUCCUCUUGCUGGGCGUCGUGGGCUUCCUGGCAGUAUGCACCUAUGCCGUGAUCGUGGUGCCGAAAUGGAGCCGGAAUGGGCAGCACGCCAAUGUGAAAGCCUUCAGAUUCCUUCUUUUCCGCUUUCGGCUGGACUCCUGGUGGUUUGGAGUGCUGUUGCUGUUACGGGGUCCGCUGAUGUCGCUCCCGAUCGCGUUGGCGACGGACUAUCCGCCUGUCCAGGUCAUGUCUGUCAUGCUCGUGUUUAUGGUCAUACUGAUCAUCCAAGCAAACGCUUGGCCAUGGAAGGUGCCGCUUCUGAACGUGCUGGAUUGCUUCAUCGGCUUCUGCAUCACAAUGCUUGUGGCCUCGAAUGCACUGUACUUAGGCGGCCUCGAGGGUAGCAUGAAAGACUUCGCCGAUGGAGUGGGUUCGGUGAUCAUGGGCAUGAUGGGGGCAGCCGUAACCCUGCUCUUUGUGAUGACCGUUUCCGCCUUGACCUUCCGGGCAGCACUUGGCGGGCAGCAGGAGCUCAUCGCGUUCAACCUCCAGAGGACGCCGGCGCCCACCCUCCUCGCCGAAACCAUGCAGUUCAUGUCGGCAAAGCUUGCAGAGAUGGAUCGGGCAGGACUGGCGAAGGCGUUGUCGACGAUGGGCGUCUACGAUAACAAGUUGCUGCUGGCAUCGGUGUCUUUGCUGGGCACGGAGGUCGUCCCGUCCGAUGCCAACGAAUUUUCAAACAGGUACUGCUUCCGGAUAGGCUCCAAUUCCUUCGCAGCACCGGCGCCGUCCCAGAGUCCUGGCUUUGCGAAGAACGAGGCGACGAGCAAAGCAACAGAGACGGCUAAGGAAGAAGGAGAGUUUGGCAAGAGUCCAAGCGAGGACCUACCUCCAAGCAAUGCCCGGGCAGCCGAAGAGUCGGGUCUGGCCAACACAGAAAAGCCUGGUGCAGGCUUAGGUUCUUCACUGUACGAGGGCACGCAGCAGGCGUACAUCUAA